UUUCAAAGUAUGGCUGUUACAAUGAUUUCGUAUAUUCUACAUUUUAUUAUAUUUUAUACCGCCACUGCGGAUAAUUUAAAAGUUCUCAACUAUCAGAACUCCGCAGAAACAAUUGUUCAAGACCUCAUAGACAACUGGCAGUCCCCGAUUGGUUACCUGGAGAGUCGAGGGUACCUGCCCAAUGUCCUUCAGUAUGCUCCAAAGCUGAAUUUUGACCGAGAAACAGAUCCCGUCGAAGCCAAAACGGGAAAUGCGAUUAAGGAAAAUGACUCCGCUGUGACGGACAACGAUCGACUCGUGCGCUCCUUUGACGAACCGAACUCAGACGAAAUGAAGAACAUGUUUCGCAGGCUUUUCUCUUCAAAGAAAGACGAUACCAUAUCCGAUGAAAUCAAGUCCAAGCUGGACGUGUCCUGGGACAUGAAUCAGUUAGUGUCCACGGCCCUUAAGGAAGCCGAGAAAUGCCAUGAGAAAUUUAGCAUGAAACUUACCCAGAAUGCUGAAAUCGAUCCCAUUGUCACCAACGAGCCCUUUGAUUCCGAUAUCGAUGCAGAAAUAGCACAGCUCUAUCCCUCUGUUCUUUCCAAAAAGGAUGAUGUGAAGAAGAAGGAGGUGAAGGCUUCUUCGCCAUACAAGAAACCCUACCAUCACCUGGUCAAGGGCUUUGGCAAAAUUCUGGGCAACCAUAAACUAGGAGACGGCUAUCCGCAGGCACUUGUAUUCAGCCCAAAGGCAGGACCAGAGGAUCGCACAGGACACACAGUAACAUGUUGAGCUUUGACAUGUUGCCGGGGCAGGGCGGAAAGCCAAUCAGUGUGACGUACAUCGUCGUUCUGCCACCGGCUUUCAUCCCUAAAUUAACUGAUCAGCAGAUCAAGUGAUGACCUUGACUAUAUAUUUACAAAAUAUUUGUUUGUGUUCAAGUGCAAUUAAACGUUGGCAGCAUUUAGCUCCA